AUGGAUGAGAGCGGCAAUGGGUCCACGAACACCAGUCUACUCGUGAACGUAAUCAUCCGAGUCAUAUUCAGCUUCAUAGCUGUUGGUGCAUGCUGGGUACCUAUGAGACUCCUGUGGAAGAAUCGCGAGCUCGCUGGCACAACACUAGCCAUCGUUGUCAUCAUCCUCAAUCUCCGCGAUGCAGUCAACCCUCUGAUAUGGCACAACGACGACAUAGAGCACUGGUUUCGAGGCUAUGGCUGGUGUGAUCUGCAGAUUUAUACUGUCAUGCCCCUUCAGACUCUAUACGCGGCCUCCGUCUUCUGCAUCAUGAACAACCUCGCCAGCCAAGUGGCCCUGAAUAGGGUAACUGGCUUGACCAGCAGCGAGAAGCGCAGGAAGUUUAUCUUUCAGUCCUUGAUUCUCUUCCCUGUACCACUCUUACAGGUUAUUUUGACGUACUUCGUGCAAAUCAAACGAUAUGAUAUCUCGGCUGUCAUCGGUUGCUCGGCUCUUGGUGUAUACUAUCCCAACUGGAUGUUCCUGGUGUUCUUUCUCCUUCCUGCUCCGAUAUUUGCAUUUCUGGCAGCCGUCUUCGCCGUUGUGGUUUACUACCGCUACAGAAAGGUGGACCGGGCAACUCGAGAGGCUGUGUGGAAUACCUGUAACUCCAACGCGCAGAGCCGAAGCGCGAGAACCAAGCGAAAGUUGUACUUCAUGGCUCUCUGCAUCGUCAUUCCUUACACUCCGCUCCAGCUGGCGUUUGCCGGCCAGAAUAUAGCGGUUGGAUGGCCUUGGAACCUGCCUUACAAUUUCUCACAACUUCAUGGGCCAGCAUGGGAUAUCAUCUCGUUCACCCCUUCCGCCUUUGUCAACUCUUUGGACAUGUACUUAUGGAUCGUCGUAUUCCUUACGGCCGUUGUUUUCUUCGUCUUCUUCGGAAGGACUAAGGAGGCACAUGACACAUACCGACGAUACCUGAGAUUUGUCGGACUUGGCAAGAUCUUCCCGAAACUCAAUGAGGAGUGGUUCCCAUCAGAGAGUCGCAACCGCGGUAUACAGUCUGGUUCGCGAUCAUGGGCAAACCGCAGCUCCGAGUAUGUCAAGUAA